CACUGCAGUUGUUGAGGUGGCGACGGCCGUGGUACCAGAACCUUCCCAGUACUCCAACAACCCACCCACACUCGCCACGCUCCACAUUUGCCAUAAUAUGCUCAACGCUUUCACGUCUGUAGCCGUGGAAGGAACUACAACUUAUUUACAAUGGUUGCUCUGCUCCACAUCCAUUGUGUGCAGAGUAUUGAUUAAGCGAAACUGUUAAGUACAUAUGCCCACGUUUGCAUCUGCUAUGUGUACAAUGCAUGCUACUGAACAAGUGGUCUCCUCAAGUAUUGCUCAACAAUCCUCCGUAGGAAUCUGGCAGAGUUAUCGUGGUUUUACGUAGUUGAGGAAUUUUAAUCCAUAUUUCUUUUCAUGGACGAUAUUGCUUUUUUACGACAUUUUUAAACAAGAGACAAGUUGAACAUUGCUGAACUAUUAAAUCCUUUCUCGUUGGAAAUAUCGGAUAAAUUCCAAAUUCUGUCACGACUAAGCGACGUUUUGGAUGUGAGGAAACGUACCGCAAUCAGAGAAAGUGUGGAGGAUUGGAGAAAGUCAAAAGUAGUGAAGUGGGUAAUGCGACCAAGUAAGUGUGGCAAAGUUGGUUGGAGUGAUCAAUGACGAAAAGUGUGACGUCAAUGAAGCAGCAGCAGCAGCAGCAGCUUUUCCAUAUAUUUCUCGACGCGAGUCAGCAAGUCCGCCGCCUCCUCGACUCCCAUCCAGACUCUGCUUACUCAACUUCUCUCUCUGGCCUGGUCCGUUUUUGGUAACGGAGGGAUCGGGAUUAAAGGUGGAGCUGACUUUCUCCUCACUUUUCCUACGAAGGACUCGCUCGAAAAACGGAUCAUCGGGACUUGACCACGUCUCCAAUUGUGUUGGACAACGGGAAAUACCUGGCUCAUAAUAACACAAGAGGAAACAGAUGAAAAGGAAUCGAUGUGCUACACACAAGUAUGAGUGAAAUGAUGGGAAAAUAAAAUGUUAAAUGAAAUUCAGCGAUAGUGAGAGAAUUCCUCUUGAGUCCAAGAUUUUGGUCAGAAAGUCUUUGUGAUCCAUGAAAAGGAUGUUACAGCCUUGUGCUGUCUGUGGAGGAGAUUCAUAGUUUCUGGGAGUAAGGUCGGGGGGAAUGGAGAAAGCUGACGGAGAAAUCCGAGUCGCCUCGGUCUUGCAGAAACCUUUACUUCGGAGCGAAAGCCAAAUCUCUCACAAAAUUGGGUUGAGUAUUGGACUACUACUACAUUCGUGAGGUGUUCUUACUUCACAGGCAAAAGUGAAAGUAGUGACAAUGCUCGACAACACUAGUUAUCUGGUCAGUGUUUGGCUAAGAAACAUCUCACAUCCUCCACUUCGAUAAAAAAGAGAGGUUUCAUCCAGAGCCGUUAAGACCAGUGACAUCUUAAGUGAUUGCAUCUUACAAAUUUUAAAUUUUAGUAAUUUUUGUUACUACCGAUAAUACUCGUCGCAUUAUUUGAAAUAAAUAUUAUUUCAUUGAAAGUGAUCUUCCAGUUACAGUUCAACCAUAAACAUGUGAAUAUCAUAGAAUCACAUUUGUUUAUUUACGUUAUGUAAGAACAGGCUUCCUGGAUCUGGCAGUUGAAUAAAAUUAAAAUUAUGAUAAUAGCAAAGCAGGCAGAAAAUUGCAGACAACAUUCGUUGCAAUUUUGCUUAUUAUCACUAGGCUUCUGUAGUACAUAUAUAAAAUAUCAUUAAUUAAAACAUGAAAAUUAUAUUAUGCAAUUUAAAAGUCAACUGAAGAAUGUUGGAUACAAUAAUUUAAUUGUAAUGUAAACCACUUUUUAAGCAAGAUUACAUAAUAAGCAUUUUUAGUAAAAAUUGCGAUUUUCAUGGAAGAACUUAUGAGUGAAAGUACCCGGACAAUUCGAGGACUUUGUCCUCAUCCUCUAAUUAUAAAGUAGUAAAUUAAACGUGUUUAAAUACACACUUUCCCUUAACGAUACUACAAAUUAAGAGUAGGAAGUUGGAAAAACACGUCAACGACAAUACACGUCUAGAUUAGAUUAUUAUUGUGUCUUCAUAGUUUAUCUUGCCUCAACCUUUUGCGUCCAUUUAAUAGAUACAAAUCUGGUUAAUCUCAACCAACCACGUCGGUACAUCAGUCAGUCAAUAUCACCUUUUAAUUACACAUAUAUAAUAACGCAAUUAGUGUACUACAUUAUUUAAACACCGCCCAAUAACUACUGAUCGGAAUAUCCAAGAAAAAUAAUUGGAGAGAAGUUCAAGAAAUACGAAAAUGUAUUUGUAAUCCUGCUUACUGUUCGACUUCACUAGCGAAGUGAAAGUUGAGCAUUGGAAGAAUGUCAUUACUAAGCGUAACUGUUAAGAAAGCUCAAUUUUCUGGAGCACAAGCUGCUGCCCACCAAUGGAAUUCUUAUGUUACGCUAAAGUUGCAACACGUCAAAUCAACAACGAUCCCGGUGAAGGGAGCUAAUCCAAGUUGGGAACAGGACUUUCUUUUCGAAGUAAACAACUUGGACGCCGGGUUGCUGAUCGAGGUAUGGAGCAAAGGAGUCAUCUGGGAUCGGGCCGUUGGGUACCAUUGGCUUCAUCUGAGAGACAUUCAGCACUCAAACAUGGAGGGAAGUGGCCAAUGGCUACCCUUGGAAGCGGAUCUUGUGAUGAGAGAUGGCGAAGUCGUAGGGACCAAAACACCAACUGAACAUGCAGUUCUAAUCGAUGCGAGAUUUGAACUCCCAUACGUUUAACGUUAGAAUAAAACCACAAACUGGACACAAAAAUAAGACGUCAAAUGUUAAUGCAUAGCUCAUUCAAACAUGAACUAAUCGGACAUCUUCGUCUGUCAAAUGCGGAAAGUACUCAAUUUAGAAAAUUGGAAACACAAUCAUUUCU